AUGUCUGACGCCGUCGCUGCCCCUGCAUCGCCGAAGAAGACCAAGGCUGCUGCCAAGCCGAAGGUCAAGAAGACCAAGGUUGCCGCCACUCACCCUCCAAUCGCUGCUAUGGUCAAUGAAGCCAUCAAGAACUUGAAGGACCGGAAGGGAUCUUCUCUUGCCGCCAUAAAGAAGUAUAUUAACGCAAACUACAAAUGCGACGCCGCCAAGCUGGCUCCUUUCAUUAGGAAGUACCUUAAGAAGGCUGUCGUUGAUGGAACCCUUAUCCAGACCAAAGGAGUUGGUGCCGCUGGGAGCUUCAAGCUGAAAGGCAAGGACGCAGAGGACAAGCCCAAGGCCGCCAAGAAAGCUGCACCAAAAGCCAAGAAGCCUGCCGCUGAGAAGAAGCCCAAGAAAGCCAAGGCGAAGGCCCCCGUCAAAGCAAAGAAACCCAAAGCUGCUAAAGCAAAGACCCCGAAGAAAGCAAAACCGGCCAAACCAAUUAAAAAGGCCAAGAAAUCUCCCGCCAAAGCCAAGAAAACCAAGAAGCCAGCAGCAAAGAAAGCUGCAAAGAAAUAAACUGCAACUGCGGAACAAGUACAGCAAAGGCCCUUAUCAGGGCCACCCCAAAUAUAUCCAAAGAGACCUAUGUUGCCAAUUUUGCUUAGCUUGCCAAUCGAAAUCUAUUUCCUGAAAAAUUUAACCGUUUCAUUCGAAAAACACUUCUUUCAGGGUUUCCAGCCAGCUUAUGCGUUAUAUGUAUCGUAUCUUGUCUCGUUCGCACGUUGUUGCCUUGUGCAGGUAAAACACGUCUUCUACAUCUUGU